CCUGCAUUACUACUACUAGUGAGAGAGCGCUGAGCGCCUUGUGCUCGCAUACUUAAUUUGUUUACAUAAUUUCUCCCUAUACAUACGCUUCGUCCAUCGUUUAUGCCUCUCAGGCUCAUAUCCAGAAUGGAUCUUUUGGUCCGUUGCAACCGCUCUGCCUUCGCCGCACGUCGUUCGAGGUUGUUUUCCCUGUUCCCUGGCCGUGCUCAAGGAACCCGCAUACCAAAAGACCAACCGUUUUAUGAAGUCAAGAAGCCCAGUAUCUUGAUCAAGUUCACCUGGACACUCCUCAUAGCUGAUGCGGUGUGCACGCUAGCAAUGUGUGAGCUUUCUUGGAACCAUUUUACGCGUCUUGUGGAACCAACCGAGUCCGCAACACCUGAUAGCUCCAAUACGGGCAAUACGCCACAGUAUGUACUCCGUCCGACAUACCAGCGUGCUGGUCUGGUCUUCAUGCAUCUUGCGUUUGGGGGUUGGGUGGCAUUUAUGGUUGGCAUGAAAAGUGGAAUGAAUGUAAAGAGGAUCUGGCUGACUCCACGUCCACGAGGGGAUCUAACCACGACGACGCGGAAAGCACUUGUGCGUCCAAAGGUCGCGAUUUUCGAAGGCUUCAGCAGUUUUGGUCUACGUGGUGAUGUACUGGACAUCAGACAUUGUCACUUGUCCUCUGCAGAACCCGCAGAAGACCUGACAUUGACUGUCAGCAUACCCGGGAAUAGAGAACAACAACUAUCGAUCGCGACGAAAGGCGUUCACAUUGAUGGGAAGCCUGCUUCACGCGAUGAAGUUCACACUUCACUCUCGCAAGUCUUUGGACAUAAAUCUAACAUCGCAUCCUGGACAAGUGGUCCCAUUCUAGAUGCACAGAAAUCAUGAUCAAACUAGGGCAGGAUAGAACAUUGCGAGCCUGUUGUCAGCCGACAGCUUACAAUCCAUAUUCACUCGACUAGACCGAGGCCCUGGCAUGCGAUAGAGAUACCUAUGGCCUGAUGUACUUCUUCAUAAUGAAUUACACAUGACACCAGUAAGCCUGAGUAUCUAUGACCUUGGGUUCUGUGGCCAUUUGUCCAUGUCCUCGCAGGGCUUUACGAUGGGAGAUACUACCGACUGAAAGGUGUGUUCUUGGAACUGCGAAGACGAUAUAAUUGC